CCUUCUGCAGAGCAGAGGAAGAGACGGCAGAUACCGCACCUUCGACCAAGGCAAAGCAUGGCAAUGACUGGCCCAAGCUCGUGCUCCUCCAUGAGUAACCACACCAAGGAACGGGUCACUAUGGCCAAAGUGACCCUGGAGAACUUCUACAGUAACCUCAUCGCUCAGCACGAGGAGAGAGAGAUGAGGCAGCAGAAGCUGGAGAAAGUGAUGGAUCAGGAGGGCUUGGCUGAUGAGGAGAAACGUAUCCGGCGUUCUCAGCACGCAAGGAAAGAGACAGAGUUUCUGCGUCUGAAACGUACUCGACUGGGUCUGGAGGACUUUGAGUCCCUGAAGGUGAUUGGCCGUGGAGCUUUUGGAGAGGUUCGUUUGGUGCAGAAGAAAGAUACCGGUCAUGUCUAUGCAAUGAAGAUCCUCCGCAAAGCUGACAUGCUGGAGAAAGAACAGGUUGGUCAUAUCCGAGCUGAGCGGGACAUUUUGGUAGAGGCAGAUAGCCUGUGGGUGGUCAAAAUGUUCUACAGCUUCCAGGAUAAGAUGAACCUCUACCUCAUCAUGGAAUUCCUGCCAGGAGGAGACAUGAUGACCUUGCUGAUGAAGAAGGACACUCUGACAGAAGAGGCCACUCAGUUCUACAUAGCAGAGACGGUGCUGGCCAUCGACUCCAUCCACCAGCUAGGCUUCAUUCACAGAGACAUCAAACCAGACAACUUGCUGCUGGACUCCAGGGGUCAUGUGAAGUUGUCUGACUUUGGUCUGUGCACGGGGCUAAAGAGGGCUCACCGCACUGAGUUCUACAAGAACCUGAACCACAGCCUGCCCAGUGACCUCAGUAAGCAAACUUUCCAGAACAUGAACUCCAAGAGGAAAGCAGAGACCUGGAAGAGGAACAGGAGGCAGCUGGCUUUCUCCACAGUGGGAACACCAGACUACAUUGCUCCAGAGGUCUUCAUGCAAAAUGGAUACAACAAGCUCUGUGAUUGGUGGAGCCUUGGUGUCAUCAUGUAUGAGAUGCUGAUAGGGUACCCUCCGUUCUGCUCAGAGACUCCUCAGGAGACAUACAGGAAAGUGAUGAACUGGCGAGAGACGCUGACCUUUCCUCCAGAAGUGCCUAUAUCAGAGAAGGCCAAAGACCUGAUCCUCAGGUUCUGUUGUGAGGAGGAACACAGGAUUGGUGCAGCGGGUGUGGAGGAGAUCAAGUCCAAUCCUUUCUUUGAGGGGGUGGACUACGACCAUAUCAGAGAGAGACCUGCUGCCAUUCCCAUAGAGAUCAAAAGCAUUGACGACACCUCAAACUUUGAUGAGUUCCCUGAUUCAGAUAUCCUCACACCGACAGCCGCCCCAGUUUCCAACCAGACUGAGGCUGACCUGAAGAACAAGGACUGGGUCUUCAUCAACUACACCUACAAACGCUUCGAAGGCCUGACCGCUCGAGGAGCUAUUCCGUCCUACAUGAAGUCAGGGAAGAGAUGAACACUUUGAGACAGGCUUUUAUCCAACAUCACCAUGAAACCUGAAAGAUUCGUCCAAACCCCUGCUGUCUGAGAACCUUCAGCCCUGAAAGGAGAACUGUGUCUGUUCUCUGUCUUACCUGAGUGAUGAGGAUUCUUGUCACACGGGACUCUGCAAAUAAUAAAGGGGCUCAAUUUCAUCCGUUGCUUUCCGGGAACUGCUGCCUUCAUUUCUGCAGGUCUUCCAUUUCUCUGAUGCUUCCAAGGGUACCUUUCUAUUUUCUGCUCACACAUGAAGGCUGAACUGGGAUUAAAGUAACUAGGAUUGUCUCCACUUGCCUUUUCCACCAGCGGAUGCAGUGGGAUGUCUUCACUCCUGAUACCAGCAUCCAUUACAUUCCCUCUCUAUAAACCAGCACCAGUCUGUUGGACCUACCAAGGGCUCUUCUCCUUUCAGACCAGGGCAUCCACUCCACUCACCCUUUUUAAGUUGACUUAUCAACUCAAACAUUGCAUUAAGUCGUCACUUGAAGUGAAUCAGGUGCUCUUCAGGGAUUCUGUCCAAACGUUUUCUCGUUGUUUCCUACAAGAGCUCACUAUGAGGCUUCUCUAAAGUGCUGCUGGCUUCUGACCUAACCAAAGACAGUGAGCUGAAUCAUGUUUCUGCUUGAUCUUGCCGUCAUGUCACUUACUGUAACUUCCAGUUGUAGUUUUAUAGAUUCAUAAUUGCGAGUUUUGCUUGUUGGAAAGUGUGAAUAUAUGAGUGAUGCAUUUUGUGGAACAAACACAAGAGUCUUGUUACAUUUUCACAAUGACCCACUUUUGUUGAAUUAUCUUUAGCACCUUAUGUGAUGUUGGAUCCAGCUCCAGUACAGUCAGGCCUACAGCUCACUGGAUUGGGUGUUUUUAUUGGACUGGAAAGUACACAUGGAUUUGAUGGGAGUGAGGGCUGUACAUCAAAACUAAAGAUUUAAUGCCGUGAACAUGUUGUAUAUUCAGAUAUUUACUCUCACCAUGGUGGGGAAGCUUAGAUCAUCAUAAAACAGAACAUCUUCUCAUACAAACGUAAACUAAUGCAAUUCUCUCACACUUAGCAACUGUUUAAAGCGGUUUGACCCUCUCCACCUGUUUAAUAGUAUACUGAAUGGAUCCAUCACUGUAGUGCAGACGCGUACAGCUGAAACUCACUGCAGCCUGCAGGUCAAAGCCUUCACCUCACCGGGUGGGAGUGUGAACAAGAUUUAGUGUGGACUUCCUUUUUAAAUGUAGAAGCACAGGGCUAAAUAUCUUCCAGUGAACACAAUAUCCAAAAUGCUGUCAUUUCAAACGAAUGUAAAUGAAGAUUCAUGGAGAAAAGUUUUUUGCCACAAUAAUUCCAAAAUGCUGUUUGUGUGAAUGUAGCCUGGACAAUACAUUUUUUUCUUUUAUCAGUGUCCUGGCACAUGAGGUAUAAGUAUGGAAGCCCAUUUCCCCCAAAAAUCAAGGACAAAAAGUAAAGACAGAGUAAGAAAUGGAGAAUAAAUUAAAAAUGAAAACAGCAAUCUAAUGUAAACAAUUAUGUGCAAAUUGAUUUUUAUAAUAUUGACAGUUUUAUGAUUUUAAAUUUAGUCCAAACUGUCUAAUUCAAAUUUUGACAUACCUUUAUUAGUUUGAAUUUGUCAAACUGUGUUUGACUUUGUAGUUUGACUUUGUCAAACUGAGUCAAAGUUGGGACUUAAAUAAGUGUUUUUCAUCAUAAUCUUGAAUCAGAAACUGCAUUUACUGAGUAGUUCUUACUAAAUGCAUGGAGUACGACAUAACGGUGACAUAGUAAAUCUAAUAAUUUAGUUUUAUGUAAAAAUACCGUAAAAAACUUCAAUUAAAAGCCCAGUCCCUUUCAUUGGCCCGGUGUGGCUACACAUUUUGACAAAAAAAGGCCUGUUUCAAUUAAAUGGACUGCACUUGUAUAGCACCUUUCUAGUCUUCUGACCACUCAAAGCGCUUUUACGCUACUGAGUCACAUACACCCAUUGACACACACAUUCACACACAUACACUGGUGGCUGAAGACUAAUUUUUAUACAAGUAAAAUUCAUACUGGUUUAAAGAAACAAUUUGAUUGUAUUCCCUGAUCUUUGCUGAGCAAGUUUUGUGUAAAGGGAAUUAAAGGCCUGUUCCAAAUAUAAGGCUGUUGAUUUCAGUGAUUUAGGCAAAUAAUAGCCUGGGCUAGUAAUUGAAGUUUUACAGUACAUUUUUAGUUGGCUGGUAAAAUGAUCAAUUUUGUCUUUACAUGUCAAAAUGAUUAGUAAAACCAUAUCUAGAGAUUUACAAGGUCAAAAUUUUACAUGAUUUCACACAAUUUUGACUUUAAAAGAUCACAUUAAAGAUGACUUAAUAUUUUAUAACUACAGCUUCAAAAGUAACUUAAAAAAAAUGCACUUUUUGUCAUUCUCAUCUUUUUUUUGUUCUUUUCUUGGCAGGAAUGGGUUUCCAUAUACAACUGUUGAGUCUGAAGGGUUUUCCUGUAGUCUGUUAUAUAAACUUAGUGUAUUCAGGUAGUGUGUAGAUAAAGCUCAGCACAUUGUAACGCAUUAGAAAAGCACGCAGUGGAGCUUGUUUUCUCUGGCAGAGGUCACUCUGUUAUUGGAAUGCUCCUGCUCUGCAUGUCUUUACCAAACAGCAGAUGGGUCAGCUUAAAGCAAUAGAGCACAUGGAAUGACUUUUAUUAAUGAUGCCACUCUGUGUGUGUGUGUGGGUGUGUGUGUGUGUGUGUGUGUGGGUGUGUGUGUGUAUGUGUGUGAUCGUGCUCAGUACAAACGACGUAAUGUUGGAUUGCUUGAAGAUGUGUAUGUUGUUUUCCACAAGUGAUGCUCAGAUGUGUGUGUGCUCUGCUCGUGUCAUCAUGUACCAGAGUCAGAAGUGAGGGAUUUUGGGAAGGUGGGUGUACAUUAUUUAAACCACUGUUCUCUUUGUAGCGUGUGGCUGUUAUAUUGUUUUCUGCUAUUUGACAAUGAAAUACUCUGCACUUCA